CACAAAAUCCCUCUUUUCUCAACACUCAACAUUUCCCCGAUCCAUUCUUCAGCAGAUAAGCUGAUUCAACAAAUUCAUUUCAUACAAAUAAAUCCCGCUAAAGCGAGAAAUGGGCAUAAACAACCUCCUGAAAUUCAUGAAGCCCUAUGUUGAAUCCGUCCACAUCAAGAAAUAUGCUGGGAAACGGGUGGGCAUUGAUGCAUAUUCGUGGCUUCACAAAGGAGCGUAUUCAUGUAGUAUGGAGGUAUGCCUGGACAUGGAAGGGGAUAAGAAAAACCGGUUCUUGCAGUAUUUUAUGCAUCGGAUAAGCAUGCUUCGACACUACAAGAUUACUCCGGUGGUUGUUUUCGAUGGUGGCAGCACCCCUUGUAAGGCCGCCACUGAAGAUGGGAGGCAUAGGAAGAGAAAGGCUAAUCGAGAUCUGGCUAUGGAGAAGUUGAAGGAGGGUGAUACGGAUGCAGCUUCCGAGCUUUUCCAGAAAGCUGUGAGCAUAACCCCUCAGAUGGCACACCAACUGAUCCAGAUUUUAAGAUCAGAGAAUGUUGAAUUUGUUGUAGCUCCAUAUGAGGCAGAUGCUCAACUGGCAUAUCUUGCGAGUCUUGAAACUGAAAAAGGUGGCAUUGUAGCAAUCAUUUCAGAGGACAGUGAUUUGCUGGCUUACAAUUGCCCAGCUGUCGUAUUUAAGAUGGACCGAUAUGGCAAGGGUGAAGAGAUAAUCCUAAAAAAUGCUCUUAAUGUUGCUGGUCGUAAACCAUCCUUCAUGAAUUUCGACCGAGAAUUGUUCACAGGUAUGUGUAUAUUGGCUGGUUGUGAUUUCCUUCCAUCCGUGCCUGGGAUAGGAAUUGUCAAAGCUUACAACUUGGUUGCCAAGUAUCGAAAUUUAGACCGUGUUCUGUCAGUGUUGAAGCUUGAAAAGGGAAAAGUAGUGCCUGAAGAUUAUCCCACAGCUUUCAGACAAGCGUUGGCCGUCUUCCAACAUGCACGAGUUUAUGAUGCAGCUUCAAAGAAACUCAAACCUCUCAAUCCUCUGACGCCUGAGCUGUUGCAGGGUGAGAAUGGGGACCUCGAUUUCUUGGGGCCAGACUUGUCCCCUUCCAUAGCAGUUGCGAUUGCAGAAGGUAACCUGGACCCUUGUACAAUGGAGGCGUUUAACCACUUUCCUCAAUCCGGAUAUAAGCACAGUCUCAGUUUCACAGAUUCUGCAAGCCAACUCUCGACUCAAGAAGAAGCUACUGGCUCGAUGCAAGAAGGAUGUUUCACUGUAGUUUCGUGCCACAAAACUGUCAAAAAGAGAAUUAGAGGUGAUAUGCCACUUGAUGGAAUGAAAAGUUCAUCAGAAGGGAAGCAAAUGACAGUUAUCAGUGAGGAAGUACUGAACGAAAGUGAAACAUCAGCCCUCAAAAAGCUCGGUUUCCCUUCCAGAAACGAAGCGUUCGCACAAAAAGAACCAGCGCCGCUUAGAUCCACUCUAAACAUCCCAUCCAACAACCCCUUCAAGAAACAGAAAAGAGACGAUGAAGUGCAGCUGAAUGAGGCCAUGUCUACUGUAGAACAAGCUUCUGAAGUGACUGAGGUUGAGAAGCCAGAAAUUUUUUCUGCAACUCAGAAAUCAGAAGAAAGCAUAGAUUCUAAACUAAUCAAGCCAAAAGCCAAAAGAAUAGCUGAAAAGCUAUCAAAACAAAGUAAUCCCAAACAUGUAAUAUCAUCUAAAGUAGGAGUAUGUAGCAUACUCAAUUUCUUCUCUCGAGUGUAAUAUCUUAUCCUUGGUUAAUUUAAUAGGAUUUUUUUCUA